CAAGUGGCGCCCUGAUUAGCCACAGAAUCGAGUGCUCUACAAAUGGUUCUUUAAAAUCCAGAACUGAGUAAUUAACAUUCUUUUAUGAAAACACAUUUAUUAACUUUCAAAGAAAAUCUUGUAAUGGUUUAUUUUUAAAAAACUAAAAACCAUUAUAGUACCUGAGAUAAAGCAGUCUUCAGACUGAGUCACAAAGCUGUUGGGAACCCCACCCCCACCAGCAUUCUGAUGCCCCUCUGACAGUGACGUCAUAAUGUCCCAGUUAGUCACAGGACCUGCUGGGCCACAGGAAGGAGGCUCUGGAAAGACGCACUAGGUUACUGGAUAAAUCACUUCAAUUUCCCAAUGAAUUUUAUAUUGUUUAUUUUUAUACCUGGAGUUUUUUCCUUGAAAGGUGGCACUUUGAAGCCUACUAUUGAAGCAUUGCCUAAUGUGAUGCCUUUAAAUGAAGAUGUUAAUAAACAGGAAGAAAAGCAUGAAGAUCAUCCUCACAAUUAUGCUCCUGCUAAUGAGAAAAAUGGCAAUUAUUAUAAAGAUAUAAAGCAAUAUGUGUUAACAACACAAAAUCCAAAUGGCACUGAGUCUGAAAUAACUGUGAGAGCCACAACUGACCUGAAUUUUUCUCUAAAAAACUAUAAAAUUGUCAAUGCAACUACAUAUGAAAAAUCCGCCAGUGAAGAAGAAACAACUACUAACGAACCCUCUCAUAAAAAUAUUCCAAAAUCAACCCCAAACCUGCCUGCAUUUUGGACAAUGUUAGCUAAAGCUAUAAAUGGAACAACAGUGGUCAUGGAUGAUAAAGAUCAAUUAUUUCACCCAAUUCCAGAGUCUGAUGUGAAUGCUACACAGGGAGAAAAUCAGCCAGAUCUAGAGGAUCUGAAGAUCAAACUAAUGCUAGGAAUCUCGUUGAUGACCCUCCUCCUCUUUGUGGUCCUCCUGGCGUUCUGUAGUGCUACACUGUACAAACUGAGGCAUCUGACUUAUAAAAGUUGUGAGAGUCAAUACUCUGUCAACCCAGAGCUGGCCACGAUGUCUUACUUUCAUCCAUCAGAAGGUGUAUCAGAUACGUCCUUUUCCAAGAGUGGAGAGAGCAGCACAUUAUUGGGCACCACUUCUUCAGAUAUGAGAAGAUCAGGCACAAGAACAUCAGAAUCUAAGAUGAUGACGGAUAUUUCCACAGGCUCAGAUGAUGAGAUGCACUGAGUAAGAGGUGGAACCUGGUGAAGAAAUCAUACUGAUGAAUAAAUAACUUUAAUUCUUUUGUCAUCAAGAGAACUUUCUUUUUGUCUUCUGUUAAUGUCAUGAGUUUGAAGCUCUGCUGAGACAUUCUGGUGUCUUAAAAGGAGGACAGACUCAAUAAAAAUUAUCUCUCAGUUAUAAAAUUUAAUGGAAAAUGCACAAGAAAAUAAUUUAAGGUGUGAGAAACUCAUCAAGUAAAAGCAUUCCUGGAGAGUGACUUUGAAAGGAGCCUUACUGGUGCUGGAAAAACAAGUCCUGAUCUCCUACCUCCCUGCUGCAAUGGAACUGAAGAUCAGCUCCUAUGGACUGGCUAUGGUGGGAAAGAAGCACCAGCACUCGCCUUAGAACUAGCAGCCAAGUCCUUCUAAAGUGCCCAGGAGUAAGUCUUUCCAGCAUCACACACCCAGGAUCAGCAGCCUUAAGUUCUAGCCCCUAUUCCCUCUUUCUUCCUCCCUCCUGCCACAAGCGUGUCCUAAACAUGCCGAACAGUGACGGUGCUACAGAGGUCCUGAUUGACGGUGUUUUUUGCAGGCCUUUUGGGUGGGCCCUCAGUUCCUGAAACCCUGGGUUGUAGAGGGAAGCCGUCCCAGAGAUAUUUGGAAAGGUGGUUGGCUUGGGCGGGCGUCAAGAGCAUCUCUUCCAUCCCUCAGGAGGAGUGGGCACCAGCUCCCCAGUAACCGAAAGAACUGCGGGGCCCGCGGGGCUCCACGGUGCCCGGGUAGGUGGACCUACGCGCUGCUCAGAUGGGGGCGGGGCCAAAGUCACCAGCUCAGGAAGUGGUGGGCGAGGUGCUUGCGUGGGCGCAUGAGCUCUUUGCGAGGACCAGUAAAUGGCAUUUCUUGGGAACGCAGGAUCCUAGGAAGGCGCCUAGGCUGCCGUGCACAGAUUUGCUGGUUGUUAAGAAACAGGUGCAAGGUAUCCUCUCUCCAUCACUCAUUCCCAACGUGGAAUUACUGUAAGGAGCUUCCCGUGCUCUUGUGAAAGGUAGAAAAGGUAAGAAGAAAACUGGCUGUUAGGCCUCUGUUAAUUCUGGUGAAGACAAGGAAUAAUUACCAAUCAAAGGAGCUGUUCCCAAUCAGCUCUAGCCUGAGAAAAGAUUGUAAGCAUGCCUUCAAACUUCAAAAUUAACCCUCCAAAUCUAGCGUCUGGUGAAGUUAAAAAACAUAAAAAAAGUAACACUGUUCGUGGCAGGGAAGGAAAGUAUAAUCAUGUUUUUUCAGUAGUGCUCCCAAAGCACUAUUUAACAGCCCUUUCUAAAUCAUUGCAACCAAGUAAAACCCAGCUUAAGCCAAAAGGCACUUCCUCCGCCUGCUUAUCUGGAGUUUACUGCCCUUUCCAAGUUAAUUUAAAGAGAAACUAGAUCCAGGCCUUUAUCUUUGGAUCCUAAGAUAAUUCUCAUUCUUGUGCGUGCGCCUCUCCUUCCCCAUCUAUCAAAAUGUCACAUUUCCACUACAUUGUUUUGGAUUUCAAUCACGUUAAUUUCUUAAUAGGAAAUGAAUGGUAAGUUGAAAGACUGUUGAGCCAGGAAAAAGCUUAUUGUGUGAAGAGGAAGCAUGUGUGUGUUAACAACAUAUGUAAGCAAUCUAAAAUAAAUUCAGAAUUUUAAAAAACAAUAUAAUUGGGACCACAUCUCAGAUCUGAAAUCUCUUGUUUGGGAGAAGGGAGAAAGGUAUAAGUUAUCCUGUAAUUGAUGCAGGAAAGUGUAUCUUGGGAAGAGGUCGUAUUUCUCCUAGUAAAAAUUAGGGAAGGAGUUGCCAGGGUGUUGUGGACAGCUGUUACUUCAAGCCUGUGUCUUGUCACUCUCCUGAGUUUCCUCAGUAGUGUGGAUCUAGCUACUCUGGAGUUUUGUCUAUCAAUUCUUAGAUUUUCAUGGUUGUUAAGGGCUCGGGGUUAUUUUGUGUUUGAAGCAUUCUAUAGAUAUGAGGGACCUUAGAAUGUUGAGGCUUACUAGAGGAAGGAAAGACUAAUGCUUUAAAUACAUUUUUCUUGUGGACAGUGGAGAAGUAUCAGUAUAUAAGACUACAUAUGGUUCUGUGUAAGUGAUAUUCAGUUAUUCUAAGUUUCCAAAUUGUCAUUGCUUGGUAAUGUGAAUAUUUUCUAUAGAAAGCAUGUCACGUUUGACACAAACAAUUAUGCACAAACAAGUCCUGUCCUACUGAUGUAUAGUCACAUUAGUAAUAAGGUGUAAAUGUAUUUUAAUCAGUCGUGGGAAUGAGCUAGACAUUUGAAAAACUUAAACAGUGAUAACCAAUGGUUUCUCAUUCUCCUUCUAGAACUGAUCACUUGGUAAACUACCUCCUGUAUUUAAAACUGGAUUUGGAAGGGUUAAUGUCUUUCUGAUAGAAAGCUACUUCUCCAGGGUAUUCUAGAAUCUGAAUUUCAUCAUGAUUGUAAUGAUAAAACAAAACUUAUUUUCUACUGACAGUCCUAGAAAUAACUAUGGAAACAUUGGAAAGAAUUAACAGAAAAAUGAGUCAGUCAAGGCUGAGGUUGAAGAAGAGUGAUCUCCAAAUGAACUUCAGCACUUGAAGAACUGACUCAAAGCCCUGUGGCCUCCUUGAAUGACACAGAUGUGAGGCAAGAUUUUCCUGAAAAUAGCCUGCUCCCAGAGGAAAAGGGAAUUGCACCAUCAAAGAGCAAAGACAGCCUGGAAAGUAUGUGAUGGACCUCAAAUGUCCAGAGACUGAUCUUGAAUAUGAUCCUUUCCUCAAUUAUUCUGCAGAGCUACUUGGGGCAUCUAAGCAAAGCAGGAUGAGGCUGAUCAACAGCACUUCUGCCACUUGAAAACAUCUGUGAGUGAAGAUUGCCACACGUCCCGGGAGAGCCAAAGGCCUUCUGUUUCACCAAUAAGAAUUAAAACAUCGUCCAGUAUAUGAAGAUGAUCUUAUAAUAGAUGUGCCUCCAGUCAUACCCACUUCUAAGAAAUCUAAACUAUUUAGAGGCUUCAAACAUCAUUAUAAGGAUAAAUGGAUACAUAUCAUACCUCUGAAGGAGAAAAAUCUUAAAAUUAGUGGCACAAAGGAAGAAAAAAGAUAAAAGCCAACUAACCACACAAAUAGAUGAUGACAGUAACAAAUUACAACUACUUACGUUGCUCAUGAAAACAUCACCAGGUAUUAAAACUAAUGUAAAUUGAUAUCAUGUUAAGAGUACCUAAGAAGGGAAAAUUUGGGGAGGAAAAAAAAUCAUGACUGCAUUUUAGAAGGAGGUUCAUCUUCUGCACCUCUCAGUGGCAAUGAAAUAAAGUUGUAAUCAGUUACCCAAAGAGCAAAAAACAUGUAGAAACAAAUUAUGAUAC